AUGAUAGUCUUUCAACUUCAGUUUUUAUUAGUUCCAUUCCUCACCAGCAUCAUGGGAGCAGCGCAAUAUAUGAUGCAAGAUGCAGCACUGAUGAACUACAUUGAUCGACGUUUCCUAACUGCAGAGAAGAGGCUGGAAAAAUGCAACCAAGACAUACUGGAUUACGUGGAAGAAUUCCGGGACUUUUCAAAGAUGGUGCUGUCACGCCUGGCAGGACUGAACAAUUAUAAGGCUGAGGUUAAAAGUGAAAUAGAGAAUUUGCUAUCAAGAAUUGAACGAGCACAAAGGGAUAUUGACUAUUUUGGAUCUGUCACAGAUUCCAAUACAUGUAUAGAAGUACACGAAGAACUGGUAAAACAGCAGCUAUUUGAAGAAGCUGAAUUAAAAAAGAAACUUCAACUCAUGCUUAAUGCAAGUUGUGACCACAUGCUUGCAAGUAUUAAGUCUCUAAAGAUAGUUAAGAAGACUGGAGAUAAGUACGGCUCUUGGAUGAAAGAUCCUGGCAAAAAGCAUACAAAGAUUUAUUUAUUAAAUGGUUCUCUAAAUAAUAUUAUUUUGGAAUUUACAAACAUCAUGACAUUCAUGGAAAGUAAUCAUUCACUAAAAGCUCGCAGAGUUACCUUGCCAUUUCGCUGGGAAGGGACUGGCCAUGUCAUAUAUCAGGGUUUCCUGUUCUAUCACAGGCAUGGCUCCUUAAACGAGAUAAUUAAGUUCAAUGUCCAGAAAAGAAGUAUAACUGACCAAAUGCUGCUGCCAGGGGCUGGAAGGAUUCCUGCCUAUCAGCUUUCUCCAUCUACAAAAAUAGAUCUUGCCAUCGAUGAGCAUGGCCUCUGGGCAAUCCAUGCAGAACCAGAGACUGGAGGGAACAUUGUAAUUACCAAAAUCAACCACAUAACCAUGUCAGUAGAGCACACUUGGGACACAUCAUGCAGUAGCAAGGAUGCUGAAGCAGCUUUCAUGGCAUGCAAUACACUCUAUGUUGUCUACAACCUUCCAAGUGGAGGCACCUCUUUCAUAAAAUGCAUUUAUGACGUUCUGGAUGCUGUAAAUACUUACGAAGUCCCAGCACUGCAUUUUCCAAAACGUCAAGGUAGCCACUCCACUAUACAUUACAAUCAUAAAGAAAAGCAACUCUUUGCUUGGAGUGAUGGAUCCCAGAUCAUUUACAAACUUCACACAAAGCAAAAAGUGUAGACUCUUUAGUAACUUUUCAAAUACUCUUGAAAGUGAGCAGUCUAAUGUCAAGAUGGUCAUUAAACUGUAUUAAAAUUGCAUUAUUCCCCUCUGUUACCAUUUUCAUCUAUUUUAUGUAAGUUUAGGCUUACAUACCCCAGUGAUCUUAAACUAAUGUCCUAUCAAGAAUACGGAAAGACUCCAUUAACAUGAGUUAUAUGAUGACUAGAUAACACACGUGUAACAACCAUCCUCCUCCCCAAAUAAUCUUAAAGACUAAGGUUAAUUUAAAACAAUUAUAAUCCAUUUCUGUCAUGUUCUCUUCCUAUCACAACUAUGUAUCCUGCAUCAGCACCAUGGAAAUCAAAUUAGAAAUCCUUCACUACUCUGAAGCUCACUGUAGGAAGUCUUCUUGUUGGCACUAUAAAAUCACAUGCGUCCAGAUAAAUUAUCUA